ACGGCGGGCGGCGCUCAGCUGCAGCGGCUCGCAGUUCCUAUGGUUGCAGAGGCGCCGAGCGAGCACCGCUGUCGCAUCCAUCGGGUGACAAUGCCCGAGUCCCAUACCCAGGCUGCGCACCCAGCGACUGGUGGGCUGGGGAGCUAGAGGAACGUCCCGUAUGCUCUGAUGCGUUUCAUUGUGUAGGUGCCCGCGCGCUCUUGAGGGAAGAUGUUGAGUCGACUGAUGAGCGGCAGCAUCAGGAACCUGGAGCGUGAAUACAGCUGCACCGUCCGACUGCUGGACGACACGGAAUACACCUGCACGAUUCAGAGGGAUGCAAAAGGACAAUACCUCUUUGACCUCAUUUGUCACCACCUCAACCUCCUAGAGAAGGACUUUGGAAUCAGGUUUGUCGACCCGACAAGACAGAGACAUUGGCUGGAGUUCACGAAGUCAAUAGGGAAGCAAAUGAAGUCCCAGCCGCCGUUCACCAUGUGUUUUCGAGUCAAGUUUUACCCUCCUGAUCCUGCAGCUCUGAAAGAGGAGAUAACAAGGUACUUAGUCUUCCUACAAAUCAAGAGAGAUUUAUACCAUGGCCGACUCUUGUGCAAGACCUCUGAUGCUGCCAUCCUGGCCGCCUACAUCCUGCAAGCUGAAAUAGGCGACUAUGACCCUGGGAAGCAUCCUGAGGGCUACAGCUCAAAGUUUCAGUUUUUCCCGAAACACUCAGAAAAGCUGGAGAGGCGGAUUGCAGAAAUUCACAAGACAGAGUUGAGUGGACAGACUCCUGAGAUGUCCGAGUUAAACUUCUUGCAGAAAGCUCAAAUCCUCGAGACCUACGGAGUCGACCCUCAUCCCUGUAAGGAUGUUUCAGGAAACCCAGCUUUCCUGGCCUUCACUCCAUCUGGGUUUGUUGUGUUGCAAGGUAACAAAAGGAUUCAUUUUCUCAAGUGGAAUGAAGUAACAAAGUUGAAAUUUGAAGGAAAGACAUUCCAUAUAUAUGCUAACCAGAAAGAAGACAAAAAGAUCAUUCUCACCUAUUUUGCUCCUACUCCUGAGGCUUGUAAACACCUGUGGAAAUGUGGCGUGGAAAACCAGGCAUUUUACAAGCUGGAAAAGUCAAGCCAGGUGCGAACUGUGUCCAGCAGCAACCUUUUCUUUAAGGGGAGCCGGUUUCGUUACAGUGGUCGUGUUGCCAAGGAAGUCAUGGAGCACAGUGCAAAGAUUAAGCGAGAGCCUCCAGAAAUCCACCGAGCAGGCCUGGUCCCCAGUCGCAGCUGUCCAUCAAUCACACAUGGGCCAAGACUGAGUAGUGUCCCCAGAACCCGCAGGAGGGCGGUCCACAUAUCUAUUAUGGAGGGACUCGAAUCCCUGCGGGACAGCGCCCACUCCACACCUGUCCGCUCCACUUCUCAUGGAGACUCAUUCAUGCCACGAUCGAGAAGCCUCUUGACAGACAGCAGUGAAGGUGCUGCCAUCAUAUCGAGUGAGGCAUACAGCCCUUUAGACAGCGUGCUGCCUACGCCUGUGGCCGAACACAGUCUGGAGCUGGCUAUUGCGAGGCAAACCAAUGGUGCCCCGUGCAGCAUUGAGGAGGAGAAGGAGUCGGAGGCCGGAACCCCCACAGGGAAUGAGGCUAUGGAGUUCGGGGGUGACGGCAGAGGAUGGGGUUCGGAUGCUGCUGGUGAGGCAGGCUCCACAUCCAUGAGCGAGGUGGAACAGGUGAAUAAGUUUGUUUUAAGUGUCCUCCGUUUGCUCCUUGUGACCAUUGGACUCCUCUUUGCCUUGCUCCUGCUCCUCAUCGUUCUUACCGAGUCUGACCUUGAUGUUUCAUUUUUACGUGAUAUUCGACAGACCCCCGAGUUUGAGCAGUUCCAUUACGAAUACUUUUGUCCCCUCAGGCGAUGGUUUGCCUGCAAGUUCCGCUCCCUGGUCGGCCUGCUCAUUGACACGUGAAAAAGGGUGUGUAUCCAAAUGGCGGGCCCCCCGUCGGCAUUUGAGGAGACGCUAAGCCAACUGCUGCCACUUUCCACCAGAGCGCGAUGCCACGCUGCACAGCGCCAUCGGAUCAUGAACCCUAGCUUCUUACAUGACACAACAGUUCCCUCACAACACCAGACUCUGGGACAGACUUUGGAAGAUGUCCAAUUUUUUUUUUUUUUUUUGCUUUUUUAGUUCAAUUCUUGUUUUAUUUUAAUUUCUUUAAAAAAAUAAAGUAAAAGGGAAAGAUUGAUUUUAAAUUUCAGGUCAUUUCAGGAAUUUCUUUUUCAAGAUGGUGCACAGUUCUUUUUAAUGCUUAAAUAUUUUCGAUAAAAAGGAUACAAAAAAAUCAAAACGAAAACAAAACAAGAUGCCUUUAUUUUGUAUUUAUGAAUUGUGACAGGAUUUUUGUUUAAUGUGUCAUGUGCACAGAGAUGUUUGUGUGUUGCAAAUCUGUUGUUGUAGCCGCCACAUGAGAAGAAAAGCUGCAAGUGGAAAGUGACUGACCGACCCUGUGAGAGGGUAAAGGGAUUCCCAGAAUUCUUUCAUUCUCUUAAUUUUUUUUGUGUCUCUAAUGUUUUAUGUGUUGUUUCUUCAAAGAUUUUUCAGUAAUAGCAACUGUAUAUUAAACUUGAGUAGGGGAAAAAAAUAGAAAAUGGGACAGGCCUUGCAGUGCAGAACACGGGCGUGCUGUGAGCGGUCUGUCCUUUAACAGCCUGUUACGGGUGGAGCAGGGCAGUGGUGUUCGUGCGGUUAGGGGACGGUCUGAGGCAGGCUGUUAUUUUUAGUUGGAAGGUAACAUCUUUCUCUUGUAGGAGUUCAAUUCUGUGUAAUUCGUAGCAAGCGAUGUAGUAGAAAUAAAGUUUAAAAAAACAAAAAACAACAAAAUAAAUUAGUUGCACUGGUGUACUGUUAUGUGAUCUAGCAGUGUCAGUAACAGAUAGGCAAUCCGUUCCUGCUCCCCCACUAGCCUCUAGAACCCGUGUAGCUUGAUGUGCUCUUUUUAUUAUUUCAGGCUUUGGUUUAGUGCAGAAACAACAUGGAUCGGAGUUCCAGCUUUCUAGACACUGUACGUUUCCUAGUGCGUCUGUUUUAAAAGUUGUUAACUUUUCCCACUUCAGAGUUAAUCCAGUAGGCAGUGGCGUUGUGAAAAAUAACUAAAAAAAAAAAAAAAAAACACAUUUUCUGUGAAUAUAUGUUGGUGAGUGUUUAGCUCAACAUCGACAGAACCUUCCGUUUUUAAAUGUAAAAUGUUUUGCCUCAAAAAAAAAAAAAUGCUGUACUUUUUGUACAAAAUAAUUUGUUUCCUAAUAUAUUUGACUGUUUUCCUUGUAUAUUUUAACAAACUGAAAUGUUAUUUUGUUAUUAAAAAAAAUAUAUAUACACAUAUAUAAAUUAAAAAUUUUGCCUUUUUAGCUCAGUGGAUUACUGGAGAAAUAAGGAAAAGAGGUUUUAUAGUCUGGGAUUCAUCCAGGUUGAAAAUUCCUAUUGGAAGAUGGUUAAUCUUUGCAAGCAUUUUGUUUUUAAAAAGUGGGAGCUUUGCGAGCCUGAAAUUUUAUUUUUGUGUUGUUAACGGCUCAUUCGCACAACAAGGCGCCCGGCUUCAUCUUAGCAGCUUUGCAGUGCAGUGGCCAUUUAUCUUGAAUUUGUUUGAGUCCUGGUUGGCUGUAUAACUGACCGCAAGGAGGCCAGUCUGCAGCUGCAGAGCUCUCUAAAAUGCACCGGAGGCCUCCGGACCCAACAAAUCCUUCUUUGUGCAAAGCUGCUUGAUUUCCACUGUGCUGCAAUUCACCCCCUCCUAUUACACACACCCCCCCCCCCCCCCCCCAAAAUGGCAGCAGCAGCAGCCCCUGCAGCAGAUAAGUUAAUACAAGGAGAGCUAAUGGAGAAAUAACAUUUCUUUAAUUAAUCAAUCAAUUAAUUAAUUAAUUGAUGGCAAAGAGUAGGAAAUGAUUUAUCACCUGCAGUGGCUGGAGCAGCGUCUUUACCUAGAUGUCCAUGUGUCCUUGGGGUGCGUAAGGAUAAAGUCCGCAGGUUCCCCAUAGUACUAAAAAGCAAUAAUGUGGCACUUGGAGAUAAAAUUCUGGAUAAACCCUAGAACCAAAACAAAAAAAAAAAUUAAUAAAGGGUAAAUGAAGAAGUACAUUUUAUAUAAAGAAAGACUGGAGUGUAUUUUUGCAGGAGCUGUGGAGUAAAAUGAAAGUGUGGAUGUAAUCAUUUGGUGGGCUUUUUCGCAUUAGGCAGCUGAAGGCACCACAGAAGUAAUACAUUGGGCCUGUGUGUGCUGAAGUUCUGUCAGCUGCAUGUAGGUGGGUAGACAGAUGUGGCCCUGCAGUCCCAGCAUGUAACCAAAUGAAACACAAAAUGUCAAAUUCUGUUUUAACAAGUGUGAUAAGUCAUAAUGUGGCCAAAAAUAAAUAGAAAAAAAUUCUUGGCAGGCAUGAUUAAAAAGGGGAUUUGCUAUCCCUCUCAGUCAUAGUCACCAAGAGAACAGAUUUGCUCCAUAUGUGCAUCCUCAGGCAGGCCUACAAGAAGCUGGUUUCACCCAGAUCCCAUUUUCUGUCGUACAUACAAAGAGUGAAAUUCAGUAAUAAACUUUUAUUUUAACAGACUGAAUUGAACUGUUGAGCUUUUGUCCAGCGUGACACCCGUUUUUAACUCGCGUGCUCAUCCACCUUCUGAAACUGUUUUAUUAUAUUGCAGGACUGUAAAGAGCCUGCUGGACUGGAAAUAUCAGGUGUAAGGCAGCAACAAAUCCUCUGCAGCCUGCGAGUGCAUUGUGGAGCAAGCUCACAAUCAUUGCCAGUAAACCUAACACACAUCUUUGAGAUACUGGAGUAAACCAAAGGAAGCUUGCCCAAGAACGUACAAUCACCGUGCAAUCCAGCAAUGGGCCAGGAUUCAGACCCUGAUCCACAGCAGUCUGACUCAAUGUUAAACACCUUGCAACAUUUCUAUACAGUAAAUUGAUAAACAAAGGACAAGCAGUCUUGAUAACACUCAAAGGGAGAGAAAGGUGAAAAGGACAAUCUAGGAAGAAAAUGAAAUACAAUAAGCUGACAAAGGAACAAAUAGCGAACUCCAAAUGAUCUAACAUACAAAUAAAAGGAAAAAAAACUGCAAUAAUAAGAAACACUUGGGAGUUAGAAGUUAAAAAGACUUAACUGACAAACUGCCAUUUUAGUUUUCCAUUUCAAAUAUAUGAUACAAAACCUGUGACUAAAAUAUAUAUUGAAAAACAUGCCUCAUGCUAAUUAAAACAAAAGCCAAAUGUCUGUAGGAAUAUCAACAUUUACUGCUGAUCGGGACCUCACAACAUACUUUAAAAUGUGAAAGGGCGACUUCCAGAGGGGAUAAGAAAAAAUAAAAAUAUUCUGUAUGCCAAUGCAGCUCUUCACGUCAGUGUCUCUCUCGCUCUCUUUCUGGACUCUGUACUUUGCCAUUUCUCUGUCCUCACGAGUCCAGACCCAUCUGGGGGGCUCUUCUAAACUUGUCCAGCUUGUCACACAGAGAGAGUGACAGUUCUAAGAGGAACCGAUGUAGCAGACAUUCUGCAUCUUCACAAGUGCAGCUCAAAAGGUGUCCACUUGUGAAACUUACACAAAGUUGCAAAAAGCAUGCUUCAGUGUUGGUGACAGUGGUGGUCUGUAGCUACCUGAGACAUCUCCACUAACAGGUGAGUUAUCAUUCCUACUACUGUUACAGCUGCUGCAAGAGACCAUCAAUGAAUCUUCUAAACUAUAUGGCAGCUGUCCUCUCUGAUACGAAUAUAUGACUGUUAGAGCAGUCAGCCUCUCAUAACAAACCUCCAAUCACUUUGAUUGCAAUUAAACAAUAAUGAUGUACAGUAAGGGGAUGCAAAUAUUAAUAAUAAUCCCUACUCAACACAAUCAGGCUAAACGGCUGCCAUCAUCCACCAUUUACAGAGUUUGGCUACAAAUUAGAUUGGCGUAGGAUUAUUGCUCCCACUUUAAUUGGAGACAUGAACACUCUGCCUAACUAGAGUGAAUGACAAAUUACAAAAACCUCAAUCUUGAUCGGCUUGUAUUUUAACAUUAAAUUGCCUUAAAGAUUACUUUAUGGAAUCUGAUCAUCUUUGUCCCAAAAUUGUCUAAAAGAGUUGCCUUACCCUCUGUGCAAUUAAAAAAAAAAAAAGCAAUAAAA